CCGUGUUCCUCAGUUCUUCAUUAACUCGACGUUCCCAAUCACCGCUCUAGUCUCAAUCACAGAGCGUUACAUAUCGUGGCCAAGAAAAUGGCCAUAAACAUAGCAGCGAAUAGAACGGUCGAUGGUACCCUGCGAGCGCUGCAGCUCAUCUUCGCCAUCGUCGUCAUGGGUACAGACGGCUACGCUAUCCACGUCUAUCGCGGCCACACUGACUACGUGCACUUCGUAUACGGCAACUUUUACGCUUACGCCGGCGUCCCUGACGAGUGGGGCUUCUUAAUGUUCUGUGCUGGGUGGACAAUUCUGGGCGUUUUCUUUCUCUUCUUCACUGCGGGAAUCAGCUUCGCGGAGCAUGCAGUGAUUGGCUCUGUUUCUGUCAUUGUUGAGGCUGUGGCUCUUCUCUCAUGGCUUGCGGGCUUCAUUGCGGUUGCUGUUAAUGUGGGGAGUAAUCCAUGUCCGGCAGAAGAAGAUCAUUGUGUGUUGCUCAAAACUGCAAUAGUCUUCGGCGCGUUAGAAUCGCUGCUAUUUAUGAUUACGACGAUUCCGACCAUCAAGCUUGUCUUUAACAGCACUCGCCGGCAGAAGACAUCGACAAUCGAAACCACGACACCUGUUUAAGAGAACGUGAUUUAGGGAUCCCUGUGAACAACAGGACUAUCUGACACAGCUGCCCAUAAAAUACUUCCUAUGUCCCGUAUGUCGUGUCCGUUGAGACGUCUUGAAAUAAAAAGAAGUUAUGCUAGAGCAUAUACAGAGUUCCUUCAGUCGAGGCGAACAACGGCAACCUAGUGCAUGGGUGUAAGCCAGCAAUAUCCACUUUUGCGCCAUUUUGCUACAUAGCCAAGCCAUUAAGCUAGGUCCGACUUCCCGGUGUUAGUUGUGAAGUAGGACUAUAUAAUUCUUUUCAUAUCUUAUCAAUACAAUGAUCCCCGAAACCCCGAC